GUAAUAUUUUCAUCUAAGAAAAAUGGCAGCGGCUAUGGAUGUUGAUGAUUCAGAGAUCGGGGAAGGAUCAGGAAAUGGAGUGGAUAAGUCAGGAAAAAAGCGAUUUGAAGUUAAGAAGUGGAGUGCUGUGGCAUUGUGGGCAUGGGAUAUUGUCGUUGACAACUGUGCUAUUUGCCGAAAUCACAUAAUGGACCUGUGUAUAGAAUGUCAGGCAAAUCAGGCCUCUGCCACAAGUGAAGAAUGCACUGUAGCCUGGGGUGUUUGUAAUCAUGCUUUUCAUUUCCACUGCAUUUCUCGAUGGCUGAAAACCAGACAAGUGUGUCCACUAGACAAUAGGGAAUGGGAGUUUCAAAAGUAUGGACAUUAAACAAGCAAGAAACAAGAGGACAAGAAUUUGUUAUUUGUCGUUAUUAUAAAAACAACUGUAUUGUGUUACUGAAUUUUGCUAUUGUUCACGUAUUUUCAUCACAUCAACCUUGUCAGUCAAACUUGAUGAUUAAGUACUCAAUAAAAUGAUUGUGACUUUGUCA